AUGAGAGCCCGGCGGACGCUCGCGACGACGCUCGCGCGCGUCUCGCGCCGCGGGCUGCACGGCGGUCCCUUCGGCGCCGCGGGCGCCGCGGGUGCCGUCGACGAACCCCCGACGGAAUUCUUCGAAUCGAUACGCGCGCUCGGCGGCGAACACGAGCGCUUCGCCGAGUGGCUCCACGCGCGCGUCUCCGCCGACGAGACCGCACGAGGCGGGCGGCGGAACGUGCACCCCGCCGUGACGGCCGCGCGCGUCCCGGGCAUGGGCGUCGGGCUCGUCGCGCGGCGCCCCGUCCGAGCGGGCGAGAUCGUGCUCAGGAUCCCUCGAGACGCGUACGCGCCCCUCUCCGCGACGCACGCGCUCGCCGCGGCCAAGGCCAAGGCGCCCGCGUUCGUGGACCACGCGGCGAAGGUGGCGGCGUCGAUGGGCGCGCCGGAGCUGGCGACGCACGCCGCGCUGGCGCUGCACGUCCUCUUCGAACUCGGCGAUCCUCGAAGCGAGGGGUUCGCGUAUCUCGCCACGCUUCCGGGCCUCGCCGGAAAGGCGUCCCCGUCGGUGCCGCUGCUGUGGACCCCGACGCAAGUCGCGACGCUCAGGGGUACCCCGACGCACGGGCGCGUGCUGCGCCGUGCGAAGUUCGUCAGCGACGCGCACGCGGCGCUCUUCGGUUCGGGGGGCGGGGGCGGCGUCCCGCUGGAAAAGUUUGCGUGGGCGCUGAGCUCGGUGCUAUCCCGGGCUGCCUCCGGGGAUCGGAUGCCGUACGCGUUCCUUCCGGGCGUGGACCUCCUGAACCACGGCGGCGUGGACGCCAACUGCGAGCUGAGCGCGGUGAAACUGGCACCCGGGGGGAACGAAGAAAAUGUAACAUGGGGCGACGUCGAGGUUACCUGCGUCAAGGAUACCCCCGCGGGCGAACAGCUCACGAUAUCAUACGGCGACGAGUCGGAUAACUGCAGGCUGCUGCGCCUGUACGGGUUCGCCACGCGCGGGAACGUUCACGACAGACGAACGAUCGAGCUUCGGCUCACCGGCGACGCGCUGGACGCGUGGAGGGCGCCACGGCGGUGGGGCCCGGGGAUCGACGCGGCUCGUCGAGCGAUACUUCGGCUCCACGGGCUGCCGCGGCUCACCGCCGAGUUUGAGCACGUCGACGCCGGCGCGGGUUUGGACGAUCGGGAGGUUGGGGGAUCGAAUCCGGGCGGCGCCGCGGUGUUUCGCGACCCGACCCUGCCCCGCCCGGAGACGAUCGACGACGACGAAGAGGAGGAGGAGGAGGAGGAGGAGCCGUCGAGGCGAAGGGCUUCGGGAAAAGAAGGCGAAGGCGAGGGAACGGACGCGGUGCGGUGGCGUUGCGUCGUCGCGCACCCAUCCAAGCCGUUUCCGACCGUCGCUCGAGCCGCGGACUCGUCCACCCCCGCCGCGCACGCCGCAUCCGACGCCGCCACCGUGCUCGCCGCCACGUACGGCGUCCCGCCGUCCGUGCUCCUCGCGUCGCUUCGAGUGCACCUGCUGACGGGGUUUGAACCGGCGGGUCCGGACGGAGCCGAACCCGACCCUCGGCGACCGAUAUCCGAGCGAAACGAAGCCGCCGCGAGGGCCGUGCUCGGGGAGGCUUCGGAGCGCGCGCUUCGCGGGAUGAACGCCGCGUUGAGACCCGGGGCGGGCGUGGACGACGCGGCUGGGUUUGAGCUGGACGAGCUUGACGCGGAGCGCGCGGGGGCGAUCCAGAAGGAGCUGAAGAGCGGCGAGGACUGGUGCGCGUCGGUGAUGAACCUGCGACGGGGACAGGAGGAGAUACUCGAGGAGCUCCUGCGCCACAGCCGGUGA